UGUGGUGUGAACUGUGGUGAAUUUUAUUUUGAUUUGACGUGAAUCGGAAAAAUAUAUGUUUCGUGAUUGCCCUCAUUUGAUUUAAAUUUUAUAUUGGUCGUGUUACUGUGUAUGUGAUGUGAAAAACAAUUGUUGAUUAGAUGUGAUGAUGUGAUUAUAAUAAAAUAUAUUGUUAAAAAAUGGAGUCUACAACAAAUCAAAAGGUAUCCUGUAUAGUCAACUAUUCAUAUGAUGCAUCAGAAACAGAUGAGUUGACAAUAAGACCUGGUGAGAUACUGCGAGAAGUGGAAAGAUUGCCAGGCGGAUGGUGGAAAGGCGAGCUGCGCGGUCGCCGUGGCAUGUUUCCUGACAAUUUUGUUUCCGUUCUGACAGAACAGAAUAAUGCACGGCCGGGAGGAGCGCAAGGGCGUUGCCGAGCCGUCUUCAGCUACCAACCUGCCAACCCUGACGAGCUGCCGUUGUGUGUUGGCGACGUACUUGAAGUUCUUGGAGAGGUAGAGGAGGGGUGGUGGCAGGGGCGGCGCGGAGUUCGGGUGGGCGUUUUCCCCUCCAACUUCGUCGUGAUGCUAGAACCGCCUCCCGCGCAGCCGGCGCCAUGCGAGCCUGCGCCAGCACUGCCGCCCAAACCAGUUAAGGAGCAAUGCCGCGUGUUAUUCCCGUACGCCGCGGUAAACGACGAUGAGCUUACUUUGGAGGAGGGCGAAAUUGUGAACAUCGUGUCCAAAGACGCGCCGGACCGCGGCUGGUGGAGGGGUGAACUGCACGGGCGGGUGGGCUUGUUCCCCGAUAAUUUUGUCCAGCUAUUACCGGCUUUAACUCAAGAGAUCGAAGAAAAGAAACCUGAGCGGCCGCCAGGGAAGAUCGCAAACGCAAAUCCACUCUAUCCCAUUCUAAACAAAUAUACAGAGAAAACUGCAUCUAUCAAGGAAUUGACCACAUCUAAAGUAAGCUUGCACAAAGAAAAUACAUUAAGCAAAGAAAGCAGCACACAAAAUACAAUUACGCACACAAACAAAAGUGAAUCGGAGAAAUUAAUACACAAUGAAACAGUAGUAGAUGGAAUCCUCGAUGGACAGAUAAAGAAACCGCCAGUGCCAUUGAAAAAGAGCCCCACACCAACAUCGAGCGUCGGCGGUUUGUUUAGUGGGCUCAAAAGCAAAAUUAUGUUGUCUUCAGAAAAGACAGAAAAGUCUUCAACAACUGUAUCAAGUGGCAGUAGCAGCAGUGGUGAGUGGGACCGCACCGACGGCAGCGCAGCCAGCAAGACCAGCCCCACCGCCAACACCAACGUUAACGCCAACAACACGACCAACACAUUUGACCACAUCGAAAGGAAUUCCAUACUCAAUGAUCCGAGAGCCGGGAGAGUCAAAGCGCCUCGACGGCGACCGCCUAGUCAAAUCUUACGUGAUGAUACGCCGCAACAGAUAGGACUGACCAACGGACAUGAAGUGCCCACGGAAAAGCCAGUAUCAGAUAAAGCAGAGGAAGUCAGGCCCCGUACGCGCGAAUGGGAAAAACACAAAGCGCCGUGGAUGGAGGAACUAAAACUGAACCAGGCGAAGAAAACAAGUUUUGGGUCUGAAGGGAAAUCACGUUCCGUUUCCACUUCGUCGGAAGCGAGCGGCGUGGCUAGCAAAGCGGGCGGCGGAAGUACAGACAGGAUUUUGGAAUGCGGUCUGGAAGAAAAGCGGUCGAGUCAUUCAAUGGAAAUGUCGAAGAGCACUUCCGCUAUCAGUAACCGAAUCUCGGUAUUAGAAACCCUAGAGUCUAGUUUAGAGUCGAAAAAUCGACAGUCAGUUGAUCCGAAAAAUCCGCCUGAACGCCCGCCAGACCUGCCCACAAGCAAACCGCCACCACUACAGUCUCCCACCGCUGCAGGUCGAACCUUGACUGCGAUGUUAGAAGACAUAAAGAAACCACCCGCACCAUCGCCACCAACUGCGUUCACGCGCACUACUAACGAAACCACCGACAAAUCGCCGAACAGGCCUGACAAACUUACGCCUAUCGAUAAGCAUGAAAUUAGCCCGAUAAGCAAAUUUUCCACUAUCAUCGAAAAAUCCAGUAGCAGUAGUAUUGAGAAGUCUGAAGAGAAAUCGAUGAGUUUGGGGACUUUGGAGAGGCGACCUAACUCACUGAAAGCUGAAAAACCUACCGAAAUAUCUGAUAGAGGCACGGAGGCUUUGAUCGCCCAGCUCAAUAACAGAAUAUUAAACUUAGAGAAGCUAUUAGAAGUACAAAACGCUAAAUUCAACGCUGCCAUUGAAGACUUAACCGACAAACUAAAACAGGAGUCAGACAAACGCCACGCGCUACAAUUAGAAAUUGCGAAACUAGCACAUUGUGUGACGCAAGUCUAAGUUCGUUGGCGUUGAAGGGAUGUGUCGUCGGCAUUAUAAAUGUUGUUAGUGCAUGCGAUAGCGCACGUAGAAUAUUAUAGAAAUAUACGAACUAAACUUUCUGAAUAAAACAGGUGUUGACAUGUGGUAUACAACAUGUCAUUAUUCAUUAUGAUUCUCCUUAGGGUCAGUAUUUGAUUCUCGUUAGUUGGCCAAUUGCGGGAGCACUUUUACACAUCGUCGUUAUUCAACUCAAUUAGAGAUAAGGAUGUCUUAGCAAUUUGACGCUCGGUUUGUGUUGACCUUGAGGCACGUCCAGUCCUACUUAGUGAAAUUGGAUGGACGUAGUUUUACAAAACUGUGUGAAAGUUUAAUUUGGAAUUUUGACGAGCAAUUGUUGGUUGGUGUAUUUUUUUAUCUUUAUUGCAACGCGCGUGACACUAUUGUACGCGUUGGCGUGAGGAGUUAAACGGUACUAAUAAAUUCAAUUAAGUUGCCCCGAUUCGUCACAGAUAUUAAAUAAUAACAUAUUUCUGUUCCAUUGAAAAAAUAUAUAUAUUAGAUACGCUGGUUAUGUACUAUUUUCCAUUGUUUAUUAAUUAUUAUUUCAUUUAACUUUGAUGACAAUGUGAAUUAUUUAUAGUUUACUGUAUGAAUUGUUUAUUUUGUAUAAUUUCACAUAAUUUAUAUUAAUUUAAUAUCAUUAUUCCACACAAUUAUGUAUCGCUUGUGAUAUAAUAAAUUCCUUAGCAGUUCUGCGAGUACUUAAGGUAUGUAGAUUAUAGGAAGGUAAAGGCCUUAAUUAUAGAAUAAUUUGAUAUUUAAUAUUAUGUAAGAUGUUGUUGAGAAUGUUGUCAUUUAUUAUAUUGCUCUUUAUUGUUUUAUCGUCUUAAGUGCUAUUGUGUAGUCUGAAUUUUUAUAACUAAGGUUCUGCAUGUUAUGACAUUAAUCUGUAUAUUUGGUCAAGCAUAUCGAUAUAACGACCAUUGUGGUCGCUCACAUACUAUAUUAAAGGUUAAAUUAAUUAACUUUUAGGAAAGUAAUAUAUAUUUGCAUUGGUUGCAACAUCACAGAGAAGUGAUGAUACAACUGAUGUAAAUAUUAUUGUUCAUAGAGAAUCGCCCUGCUGUUCUUUUUAGCAAGUGAAAAAUUGACGUCUUACAAGAUUUUAUUUAUUCAUUUCAUAUAAAUUAUAUAGGCGAAGAUGCCAAGUUGCAGUCAUGGUGGUUUAUGAUAAGGGCCUGUUUCACCAACUUCUUAGAAGUAUUGGAUAGCUUCUUCACAAAUGUUGUAUUUGUCACCAGAGUUAAAUAAAAAAAAACGGCCAAGCGCAAGUCGGACACGCGCACGGAAGUUUUCCAUUUGUACCAUUAUCUAUAAAUACGGCAAAAAAAAUCAUGUCUUUUGUAUGCUCCUUAAAUAUUUAUUUUACUCUGCUUUUUAGUAUUUGUUGUAAUAGACGCGAGAUAAAUAUAACAUCAUCUGUGAAACUAUUCUGUUUCAUGAGAUACAGCCUGGUGACAGACAGACCAACGGAUGGACAGCGGAGUCUUAGUAAUAAAGUCCAAUUUUACGCUCUGGGUACGGAACCCUAAAAAGUGACAAUACUUACGUUUGCACUAUCCGACACUUGUCAGAAGGUGGCGGAACAUAGUCUUAAUGUAGUUUAGUGAGUUUUUAAAUGAUGUCUACAACGAUUUAAUCCACCGCUCAUAUUUCUGUUCUGUAACAGAUUUAAGUUUUAAUUCUAAGCGAGCGAUUUCAAUAUUUAAACGUGAAUAUGACAUCAAAAUGCAUUUUGAUAGCAUUUGGUGUGAGUUAAUUGUAAAUAAGGUUCAAACGGUAAAUUCUGAUUACAAAAUUCGUGCCAUUUAUAUUUGUUUAUACAUUGAAAACACUAAGUCAUCUAUAAAAUAGCAAUGUGAUGCGUUUUGUUCUAUUGUGAUUUGCACAUUCCAUGUUUGUAUGAAGAUUGUAUAUAACACGGUUAUGAAUGGCCUCACCAUUGGAUUUGUAAUGUCCGAUUGAAGCAAUUUAUCGCAUUCGAGCUUAAUUUAAAGGUAUUCAAGCUACGUUAGAUUAUUUUUUUUCUCAAACUAAUUGAGCAUUAUUUUGACAACCUUCUUCGAGAUAAAUCGGAAUUGUUGCAAGUGGCCGAAUACUUGCGCACAGCGGCCGGCAAAAGUUGUAUGAAGAUUCAUAUCUGUCGUUGUUUAGCGGCCAAAUAAAUAACAUAGAAACUCAUAUCUGUCUUCGGUUGCCGAAACAUGGCAACCGAAGAGGUAUUUUAUUAAAGGUUUUGUUUAAAUUUCGAAAAUAAAAAAUCUUUAUUGAGAAAAAAAAACUUGAACGCGGGGAAAAAUUUACAAAAGAAUCUACAAACCUUGGUCACAACUAGGCAUUGUUGGACUUUCAUAUUUACACGUUCUUCCGUCAAAACCUCAAGCUGUCGGCUGCAGUAAUAUACUAUUAAAAAAAUGCUAUGUUAUUUCGCUGCUUUAAUACGUUAUAAACCAAAAAAUAAUAAUUUCAUACACUUCAUUGCGUAUGAACCGGUCCCUUCCGUUGGAUACUACGUUUACUUUUAUACGUAUGAAAUACAUAAGUGACACCGAGAGCCAUAUUUUACUAGUAUUAAUAUAUUUUUGUAUUUGUACAAAUUUGAUGUAUGUCCAGAGUAUGUCCGCAACAGUGUACCUUUUUGUAAAACAUAUCUUUGAUUUGUUUCAUGUACAAUAUUAACGAUUUAUUUACAUUCAAAUUGUAGAAAUAGUUAUAACCUAAGAGAUUCGCUGUACGUGCAGUUCUACCGUCACUGGGAGCUCCGAGAAAGUAAACUAUCGCAGGAAAUUUAAAUCAAUGACGCAAAAAUUUAAUAUCACGUUAGUAUCACGAACUUGACGGGUGCACAUAUCUGCAAUCGUCUUUUUUUUUUAGACUUAAUUGCACGGAUAAUUAAUUCCAUUUAAGGUGCUGAAACAUGGGUGCAUAAAAAAACUAAAUAUGAUACGCUGGUCUAGUGACUUUAUAGUUCCGCAUGCGCCUGCGCAAGUAAAAUUUCAAGACGUUGUUAAUAAAACGUCUUGAAACUUACUUAUGCGUCCCGUGGCAGUGACUUUCCAUGUACAAUAUCAGCGAAACUUUACAAGCGCAUUUCCGCGGCGUUAGAACCGCCCGUUUAGUAUAAUAGUCGGUUAAGUGUAUUUAUUACUAAAUAUGCGAGAUUUGUAUGGUUGUGUUGUACCAUCCAAUAUUUACAUGUUUUGUUAUUUCGUUGUAUUGCUAUUUUAUAAAAGUAACCUUAAAACUAUGAUGAAGUAUGAAUUGAUAUCAAAAAUAUUUGUGGUCGUAGUCCCAAAUGAGACUGAGAAAUUAUGAUUUGGAAAGAAAAUUAGUACAAAAUUCAGCUCUUCAGACUCCGCUACAUUUAUUCCUAGCCUAGCCUUGACUCAAGGUGAAUGUUAACUAACAGUUAUCUGAACAUUUUCCCGUGUAAUGCGGUAAUAUAAUUCAGUCGAUAACAAUAAUUAACAAAUAAAGUAUAAACUAUGAUUAACCACUGAUUAUUGCGAUAAAAAAUUCUUUGUAUUUAAAUUUAAAAAUAAAUCCACGGCGAAGAUAUCGACGUGUUCUCACCACCACAAAUAUUUCCGGUAGUUUCAAUCGCAAAUAAUAACACUCAUAAUGUGUAAAAUUAUGUUAUAAAAAUAUUAAAUUUAAAACAUUGUAAAUAUCGGAUUGUAGCAGAUUUAUUUUUUGUUAAAAAUAAUACUGUAUCGAAAGUUACGUAGCAAUUUACAUCAGUUUAAAUUAUGAUAAAAUGCUUAGUAUUUGCUUGAAGGUUGUAGAUUAUAUUGUGAUAAAUAUCGCCUAAUGCAUAGAAAAUCGUUAAUUUGGAAUAUAUUUCAAUGGCUUUAAUAGUGCACAAAUAUGUCACAUAAUGAACAUUUAUAGAAUUUUUAUUAUGCAAAAUUAAUGCUUAUGUAAUAUAGUAAUGAAAUAUUCACAUAACAUGUAGUUAGUACAAAAUAAUAUAGCGUCGGUAUAUUAAAAAAAUCGUGUAUUCCAAAACUGGUAAAUAUUUCGUAUGUACCCAGAUAAAGUAACAAACUAUCCCUAUAUUAUUUAUUAUCUUCAAGUUAUGAACUCUGUUGUAAUCUUCUUUGACUCUUGCAAUAGCCCGAAAGUAAUUGACAAAUUUUGACAUAGUAGGUAAAAGAGGCAAACAUGGUUUCUCCAAAAGAAAAUUCUAGUUCGGGUAACGGAGGGUCUGAAAUUACCACAAUUCCUUCAGAAAAAAGGAUUCGAUUCGAUUAAUGUCGUUUUAUCUUUACCAAACGUAAUUUCAUUGGUAACUAGUGGCAACAAGAUGAAUUCCAAAUCUAUACGAAAUAAGGCAGUAUGCUAAGACUUUUUAUUACGGUAAUGUUAGACCCCCCCUUCUUUAACCGAACUAAAAUUUUUUUUAAAUGCUCUGUCUUGCCGUCCUAAGUCGACUAAUGAGCUGCAUGAAGAUAUGAGGAGUUUAUUGAUGUAAACUCGCGGCCUUUAUAUCUUAUAAUUCAGUAUUUUGGAUUGUAAUACAUUAAAACACAGUAUUGUUUAUGUAGAUAAUGCUAAAUUACAAAUUCUUGCGUCACGCGGCUUGGCACGUUAAUCCCAGAUUAUUGUCGCAGUCAGCUGUGAAGCGCGAAUGUAUUCCAUAUACACAGACUACGUAGUGGGCAAAGUUUAUUUUAUUUAAAAAGACAUUCAAUUUCCUCAUCGUUCCCGCCUUAAAAUAUUACUAACACGUUGACUGCUGCCUAACAUUAACAAAUACGGUACACGAGUGCGGCAGGAUAACACGCUAGGCGUGUUUCAGCACUGAACUGCGUUAACCACAUAUUACAAGAAAUAUUUGGUAGAGUCGAAAAAAGGUAACAAACAGACGCGUUUCCAUUUAUAAUAUUAAAAUUGUUUAGCAAAAUCCCAUAAUAGAACGUAUCUAUACGUAUAAUAAUUUUUUCAUAUUUUCAAACUAUUUAGAGAUGUUUGAGGAAAUUGAUGUUUCCCAAAUGAGUUCAUGACCAAUUAUAAUAAAGGAUAGUAAGUAUAUUUAUUUUAGGAAGACUGUUUAACUAAAGUUGUUAUUGAGACUGCACCGCAUGCACACUACAAUGCACGUUGCAUUGUUGUGCGCGUACGGUGCAGUUUUGCAGUUUUAAUAUAAAAACAAAAGAUGACUUGCUCGCUGCCGUGUUAUUCUACAGUUGAGCGUUGGGAAAGUUCCAGACCGAAGGCAAAACUAAUAGGAUCUUAUUACCACAGUCUAAAAUACAAAAUGUACACAAAUAUAACACGUUGUCUCACGCCUCCUCGCGCUCGCUCGGGUGUCCUCGAGGAUGUCCGAAACCUCGCGAGCCGUUACAGACUUGAUGACGUAUUGCUUGCGCUUGCGCUUUCAAUUCUGUUUUAUGGGGAUUUCCCUAUUUUUUAAAUAUGAUCUACAACAAAAGUUGAGUUUUGGAACAUAAAUGUGUGUGUAAUUAAAGUCAGCGCAAAGUGAUUGUUUGCAGUAGGUAUACGAAAAUUGGUUUGUAGAAACUAUUUCGAACAAGAUCGGAGUAAAGUUUUACCUUAUUCAUAUUAUUCUAUAAAUAAUAUAUUGCAUUCAUUUUAUGUCUAGAAGAUCUAUUAACAGACUGUGUUAACCGGAGAGAAGCAUGAAUUCUCUUGGGUUUACACAGACUGUUAAGCUAGAUCUGCUAGACUGCAUUACUACAACUAUAUCUAAGCAGUCUUCAUAAUAUAGAUCUACUGUACCUACCACAUACUGGUUAUUAUCCCAGAGUCGAUUUAGCACGUGUACCUGAAAUAUUUAUUGCGACGGUUUUCAUCUAAAUCCAUAUUUAAUUUUAUUAUUCAUUAUUCUCAUCGCCUUUUUCUUGUUCUUAACAUAUUUUCGAAUUUAUUAAAUAAAAUUAUUAUAAUAACAGAACUUACCAGACUUGUUUUAGCAGUUGUUUUAUUUUUAAAUAAAUAAUAGCUGAAAGUUCCCGUCGAUUAUCUUUUAUUGUUUAUUAUCUGCUACACUGUAAAGUUUUAGACAAACAAGUCGAAAUUCUAUUUAUAUUUACGAGGUCUUCUCUGCUAGAGAAUAUUAGUUUAAAAGUCAGUAAAUAGAACGUUAGGAAAAGAAGUGUGGUACGCGUCUACAAUAACGUAGAAAUUCGUGCCACCAAUAGCAUGAUAUCAGGAUUUGAGUAAGUCUUUGUCAUACGCAGGAAUCGAAUCGCCACCACUGCAGACGCAAGUUAAAUGCCUUCACUUAAAUGAUCUUUGGUUAGGCGGUCGGUAAAGUUUUGAAUGUGGUUAGGCUACACGUAAGAAGCUUUUGCAUUCUGUUUUUGUCUACAUUAUAAAAGUGCACAGUUUACGAUAGACAUCCUUACUGAGAGAACUACUACAUUUAACAGUAUUUAUCAUACAGACAGAAAUCUAAGAUUAAUUGGAGCACAAUAUUUUUUAUUCAGAGUGGUGUAAGUAAUCGGCUGCAUUAAAUUUUCAACUAUUCCUUUUAUUAUAUUGAUUAGAUAUUUAUUUAUCACCAUAAAGGCCAAUUAUUGCAUUUAUUAACUGAUGUAUAUACCUAUAAAUAUAAUUGUAGGGAUUUUAAAUGUACAUACAAAGCUUGGCGGGAAGUACCUACAUUUUUAUUGUAUUGCGGGGUUUAUAAGAUAAACCGCAUUAUCACUGUAUAAUAUAGAACAAUUUAGUACUUAAUUUAUUAUCUAUAUACAAUACUGUCCCGUCUCCAUGCAUUCCUAAAGUUUUCAAGAAUUAGUAUAUUCUUAUUAUAAAGAAAAAUAAAUAAAUUUAUGACUG